GUUUCCCUGAGGCUCCUGGCUAAAGGGGCACAAAGCAGCCGAGAAGCGAGGGAGAGAGCUGAGGCAGGCGCCGUGCAGCCCCGGGACACCCGGGCGCUGCGGUCGAGGGAAGCCAGCAUGGCCAUGCCCUUCUUCUCCCUCUCUGCUCCACCCAGCCCCCAGAAAGAGGACAGCUCGGCAGGCUCGCCACCCCCCAGCCCGACCACCUCACGAUCUCCUACCACAGGAGUGGGCUCCUCUGGGGACAGCAGCACCAGCAGGCAGGCUGAUGAUUUUCCUGCCCUUCCUGUCUCAGAAGCACCCAACAGGGAGGAAGGUUGUCCAGGCUUUGACGUACAAACUGAUCCCAACCUCCCUGCCAGCCCAAAGCCAAAGUCCCCCUUGCAGCCCUCUGCCACUGUGGACACAGCACCCUUGGCCCACAAUGGUGCCAGGGAUCCUGCCCAGCUUCCAGGCACAGAGGACGCGGAGCCCUGUGGGCUCUGUCUGUCAGAGCCCCCUCCAUGCUCUCCAGGCUGUCAGGCUCCCAGUGAGCCCCCUGCUACCAUGGGCGGGGAGAGUCCCCCAGAGCCCCCUGCCACCUUGCUGUGUAUGGAUGUGAACAAAAGCAUCGAUGCUGAACCAGAAGCUGGGCUAUCCGAUGUGGUGGGUGAUGGCUCCCUUGAGCAAGAGGAGGCUGUGCUGGCCAGCACAGCUCUCCUUGAAAUCUCAGAAGGGGAGGCAGUACAGAAUAACAGCCCAGCAGAUGAAAAAGAGCCCGUUGAAGGGGAAACGCCACCUGAACCUGACAGCUCAGACACUGCAGGGAAAGACUCUGUCUCUUCCAAAGACACUCUAGACAAGAAGCGAAAGAAAGGAAGGAGGGUGCUUGUGGUGUCAGACCGGCGUCUCCGAAGCCAGCAAUCCCAGUCACCUACUGAGGACAGUGCUGAGGACACUGGUUCUUCCAGCUCUGUUCAGCUUCCUUGCCUUCAGAUCAAACUCUCCAAGAGCCCUAGCACUAAGCGGUUCAAGAGAGAAGUGCACCUGGAUGGGGCAGCAUCCAUGCACUUCCCAAACGACUGCUUCCCCGACGUGCCGCACAAAGCCAGCGAGGGGCUGGGCACGGGCCAGGCUCCAGAGAGCACCGCUGGGCAGCAGCCAGGCGAGGAGAAUGGUGUCACCACCAGACAAACCUAUAAAAUCAUCAUAGCAAAAGAGACUGCAGCAGAGGGCGAAAAUUCCUCUAAAGAUGACUCCCCUGGUAAUGGCAGCCAGAGUCAACUGGAUGAGAUGCUGGAAAUCAGCGCCCAGGUUGAUUCUGAGAAGAGGAGCUUUCUCCUCCCUCCAGAGAGCAGCGUGCCUGAAAAUGAUGCCAAGCAAGUGGAUAUGAAACUGGGUGAUACCAGCACAAAGGAUGAGGAGAGCUCUGACAGUGCCAUGGACACGAGCAAGCUGGACAACUACGACCUGGUGUCCAAUUCACCUCCGUGUCCCAGCAGCAGGGGUGGAAGCAAGCACCUUCCAGCAAAGACUGUGAAGCAUAAAAAGGUCGCUCUGCAGUUUUAUAACUUAAGACAUGCACCUACAUCCACAGACACUGCAAAAAAGAGCACACUAGGGAAGGAGUCUAUGCAAGCGAUCCCCAAACCAAGGGACGAAAGCACUUCAGGGAAUUACGACUCCCCAGCAUUAGAGGACAUAGAUAUGGCUGACAGCAAACCAAAGUUCAUGGAGUGGUGUGCUGAAGAAGAGAACCAAGAGCUCAUUGCCGAGUUCAAUGCCCAGUACAUGAAAGUUCAGAAGGGCUGGAUUCAGCUGGAAAAGGAGGUGCAGCCAACCCCCAAGGUAAAGAACAAAUCUGACAAACUGAAAGAGAUUUGGAAAAGCAAGAAAAGGGCACGGAAAAGUAGAGGCUCACUGGAAGUGCAGAAGCUUUCUCCUGUCCAGAUGCUGUUUAUGAAGGCCUUUAAUCUGUCUGACAUCUGCCAGUGGUUUCUCGAGACAACUGAAACCAGGUCUCUAGUGAUCGUAAAGAAACUCAACACCCGUCUCCCAGGGGAGAUCCCCCCCAUCAAAGUCCCCAUGCAGAAAUAUUCCUCCUCCAGUCUCUACCCUAGCUCGCUGCAAGCCGAACGUUUGAAAAAACACCUAAAGAAGUUUGCCGCCACUACCCCAGCUCGGAAUAACCUGAAGAACCAAAAGCUUUGGGCCAAAAUUCGGGAGAAUGCUGAUAAAGCGGAGGCUGAAGAAGCCACCGCUCCUCUCCAGAUGUCUCCCGGCGACGUCGGCACCAAGGACCUGAGCGAAGACAAAACCAUCCAGUCUACACAGGCCAGCACCAGGAUCCUUCGCAAGUACUCCAAUCUGCGGGGCAAGCUGCGAGCCCAGCACCGCAUGGUGAAGGCGGAGAAGAAGAGCGAUGGCUCAGGGGACCACCCAACCCUGGAGAGCAAGCAGAGCCAGAAGAGCGUGUGCAUCAACCCACUGAUGUCUCCAAAGCUGGCCUUGCAGAUCAAAGCAGAUGCCUUUCCAGCUAAAUCUCCAUCAGUGGAUGGGAUGGGGAAAGGGCGGAAGGGGAAGAGCAGGUCCCAGGAGGACCCCUUGCCCAAAGCUGACCUCCAGCUCAGCAGAAAGAAAAGGACGCUGAAGGAGAGCGGGAGCACCCAGGAGCGAUCCGGCUCCUCCACCAAGGACAAGCUGCCUACCAAGAAGGCCAGUAAAAUAAAGCAUUCAGAGGUCAGUGUGAAAGCUCCCGCCACCCGAAAGCAGGCUGCCAUGGAGAAGAGCAAUAAGCUAGCUAGAAAAAUGUCUUUAAAAGAGAAGAGAGUCCCAAAAAGGCAGCUGGAGAAGGUGCGGCUCCCCAUGCGGAAGGGCAAAGAGAACACAAGCAGACGGGCCAUGAUGCCCUCUGGCCAUGAGGAGCUGGGCAAGUCCCCAAAGCAGAAGCCCCUGGGAGAGUCCUCCACGCGGUCGCAGAAGAUGGCCAACAAGAAGUCCAGCAGUGGGAAGACCCUGACGAGGUCCAUGAAGAAGAUGCAGGAGAGUGGCGGGUCACAGGGCAAGAGGAAGCUCAGAGCAAAGGUGGACUGUUCACACAGCAAACGCUCGCGACUGGACCCGAAAUAG